AUCCAAGAUGGCGCCCCCAGGAGCUUGGAGCGGGUGACCGGCGGCGGGGAAGCGGCCUGGGCUGGCCCUCAGAUUGAGGGGUCGUGGGGGCCUCUCUCCGGGCACCCCACCCCCUCGGCUCGACUACCACGCCUUCCCCGGGCCAGAGCCAUGGCCGCCGAGAACAGCAAGCAGUUUUGGAAGAGGAGCGCCAAGCUGCCGGGGAGUAUCCAGCCUGUGUAUGGAGCACAACACCCUCCUUUGGACCCUCGACUCAGCAAAAAUUUCAUUAAAGAGCGGUCCAAAGCCAACACAGUUCCUCUGAAGAGUAAGAAGGCCUCCAGUUUUCACGAGUUUGCCCGGAACACCAGUGACGCUUGGGACAUUGGCGACGACGAGGAAGAGGACUUUUCCUCCCCUUCUUUCCAAACUCUGAACUCAAAAGUUGCUCUGGCCACCGCGGCCCAAGUCCUGGAAAACCACAGCAAGCUGCGAGUCAAGCCAGAGCGGUCCCAGUCCACCACGUCCGACGUCCCCGCCGGCUACAAGGUCACCAAGUCCAGCAGCGACGCCCAGCUCUCCAGGAACUCCAGUGAUGCAUGCCUGAGGAACCCACUCCACAAACAGCAGUCCCUCCCUCUCCGGCCCAUCAUCCCCCUUGUCGCCCGGAUCUCUGACCAGAAUGCUUCCGGAGCACCGCCCAUGACAGUCCGGGAGAAAACCCGCCUGGAAAAGUUCCGCCAGCUUCUCUCCAGCCACAACACUGACUUAGAUGAACUGAGGAAGUGCAGCUGGCCAGGGGUCCCCCGGGAGGUUCGGCCGGUGACCUGGAGGCUGCUGUCGGGCUACCUCCCAGCGAACAUGGAGAGGCGGAAGCUGACCCUGCAGCGGAAGCGGGAGGAGUAUUUUGGCUUCAUCGAGCAGUAUUACGACUCUCGAAACGAGGAGCAUCACCAGGACACGUACAGACAGAUUCACAUUGACAUUCCGAGGACGAAUCCUCUCAUUCCAUUGUUCCAGCAGCCCCUCGUGCAGGAGAUCUUUGAAAGAAUUCUGUUUAUUUGGGCCAUCCGACACCCUGCCAGUGGGUACGUCCAGGGAAUUAAUGACCUGGUCACUCCGUUCUUUGUCGUCUUCCUCUCAGAAUAUGUGGAAGAGGACGUGGAGAACUUCGAUGUGACCAACCUGUCUCAGGACGUGCUGCGGAGCAUCGAGGCCGACAGCUUCUGGUGCAUGAGCAAGCUGCUGGACGGCAUCCAGGAUAACUACACCUUCGCACAGCCGGGGAUCCAGAAGAAGGUCAAGGCUCUGGAAGAGCUUGUCAGCCGGAUCGAUGAGCAGGUGCACGGCCACUUCAGGAGGUACGAGGUGGAGUACCUGCAGUUCGCCUUCCGCUGGAUGAACAACCUGCUCAUGCGGGAGCUGCCCCUGCGCUGCACCAUCCGCCUGUGGGACACCUACCAGGCCGAGCCCGAAGGCUUCUCCCACUUCCACCUGUACGUGUGCGCGGCCUUCCUGGUGAAGUGGAGGAAGGAGAUCCUGGAUGAGGAGGACUUCCAGGGGCUCCUGAUGCUGCUGCAGAACCUGCCCACGAUCCACUGGGGCAACGAGGAGAUCGGGCUGCUGCUGGCGGAGGCGUACAGACUCAAGUACAUGUUUGCGGACGCCCCCAAUCACUACCGCCGGUAGGUGCUGCCUCCCCGCCGGCCGCCGGCUCCGCUGCACUGUGGCCCUGAGCCGAGGACUCCGCGGGAACCGCUCAGCCCGCCGCGAGCGGGUCUCCUCGUCGCCGUCCACCGCCGUGUCCACGGCUGUGUCUCGGCCACCGCCAGUAUUCCACGCCGCGUGCCCGGCCAGGCCUGGGAGAGGACAGAAAGGUGGCACAGGGUCGACAGGAAACCGGAUGGCGCCUAGGGUCCCUCUUACCUCCAGGCCUCCACUGAUACUGUCGCAUUUUUUUUUUCUUUUUUAAAUAAGAAAAACCUACAUUUCUUACAUGCCCCAGGCGUGGGAGCGUUAGUGUUCUGUCUGAGCCCAGGUCGGUAUGCGUCCUGUUCUCCGAAGGCCCGGGCCGUCCCGCUGACCGGCUGCGCAGGAGCUCCCAGCUCUGGGAAGGGGCCUGCGCCCAAGGGCUGCGGGUUCCCUCGCGUUCUCCACAGGUCCCCGUGCGCAUGCGCGGUCUCUGCCAGCCGGGCCCGGCCCCCGUGGGACCCGAGCGCAAGGGUCCCGUGAAACGGUCGGGGAGGGAGGGAGAAGGGACUUUUCACCUCUGCAACCCUUUUUCCACCAGGACCCACUCCAGGAUGUUAUGUGUAAAUUGUGUUACUAUGUAUAUGGGUAAAGUUGUACAAAUAUCCGUCCUCUUUGUAGCAGAUAUGAGUUUAUAUUUAUAACGUGCAUCCGCGUGUGAACGCAGCCUAGGUCCCCGGCAAACACGCAGCUGCUGGGGCGAUUUCUGGGCGCCCUCCCGGCCUGAGUCCCCUGGAGGGAGGACGGCUGAGCAGGCCCCAGGUCAGGGUCCCAGGGCCGGCCUCGGCCCCGCACACCCCACCGUCCCCUCGUGGCAGAGCCCCCGCCUCUCCCCAAAGCUGUGGCCAAUUCGUCAGUGCCAAGGGAAGGGCUCCCCUGUGUCCUGCGGCCUGCGGCUCCUCAGACAGUGGCAUUAAGUGCCCUCUGCUGUCCCUGUCACACUCCACGCAGCUCACACCGCGACCCCGUCCGAGUUUUGGUGUUUGGUGGCGAAGUGGGGGGGUGGAGGCUCGCAUUGUCACCCUCUAGGGAGCCCAGCGGUGCCCCAUGGGCGACACCCUGAGCCCCGCCCGUGUGCGCCAGGGCUCCCAUCCCCUGCGCCUUCCCCUCCACAGAGCGCAGCCGGGCCUCCCGCCAGUCCCCAGAGACAGACACUUGUGCUCCCAAGUGGCAUUUUAUUUUUUUAGUUUCUAUGUUUGUAUGGGGAAUUGUGGAUGAUGUGAACGAACUGUAAAUAAAAAGUGUAUUUCCUCCUCCACCUGCUGAUUUUUCUC